CGGGAAAAAGUAAACUUUAUAAUGUCAUAUAUUUAAAUUGUGGGCACUAAAAUCAAAAUGAAAAUUAUGAAACAACUUCAAAUGUAUAUUUGUUAAAAAAACUAAGAAUUACAGUAAAUGACAAUGUUUAUAUAAGGGAACCAUUUUAGGCUCAAACCAUAUAUAGUCCUUUAUCAAAAGAUAUGUCAAAUCAUAUACAUUUCAGUGCAUGAAACUAAACUGUUGUGAUUAAAUUGGAUCACCAUCGUCUUCCGAUAAAGUGCAGGACUCCUUAUAGUAUCAUCGCAAUUCAAUUUCAAAAAAGGAUUGAUUUCUCCGGGACAUUAACUGAUUACCAUGCAUGAUAGUAUUUUCAAUGCUGAAUAAGUCUUUUAAAAUACUGUAUUUUGUUCGAACUGGCCAAACAUAAAAACACCCUCUGGUGUUAGCUUUUACACGUAGCUUGAGUAAAUGGGUAAUACACUGUAUAAAUCUAUACACUGUCUGGAUAUUGAUAAACCAUCAGCACAAUUGAUGGUAUAGAUAAAUAAAUCAGAGUUAAAAGCGGCCAACUCAUCGUAACAGCUAACUGCAAUAUGAAAUCUUUUUUUUUAUUUCUUCAACGUGUGGUUGUUCACAGUAUCUUGUGGAUAUGCAUUGUCGAGAUGCAGAACGCAACCUUCCGAUCUUCAACCUUUGUCCAUUUUCCUGAAGCAGACGACAGAGAACCUUUGGCGGGAAUUCUACAUGACCGCGGGAAUGGCGUAAGUUUAGAAGGAUGUGGUGUAUUGUGCUUGUCCAGCGCCCAGUGCUUUUCGUUUUUCCAUAACCCAACACAAGAAAGAUGUAUUUUAUCAUCAAUCAUAAACGUAAUGUCCUUUCGUCAGACAACAGGAUUUUCCCAGUUUAUUAUUAACGAAUGCGUUCAUUCAAAAGCUGGAUGGGAAUACAUCGGAAAUCGCCGCACUACAAAAUAUGGACUAGAGUGCCAACGAUGGGACCGACAGAGCCCUCACACUCAUACUUACCAAAGCCUGGGGAACCAGGAGAACUUCUGUAGAAAUCUAGCCAAUGAUAAAGAGGAGGAGGCUGGUCCCUGGUGUUUCACCGUGGACCCCGGCACACGUUGGCAGUCGUGUGGUAUUCCUCUCUGCUAUGAUUUUUCAAGAAGCUGCAAGAAAACGGCAAACGGAGUGGAUUACUAUGGAGGAACCAAUGUGACCAAAUCAGGGAGUCCCUGCAAUUACUGGGCGGAUAUCUCCCAACAAAACCACACCUACACGUUUCUGGACGACCAGUUCAACUACUGUAGAAACCCAUUUGGUGAAUACAGUGACCCAUGGUGUUAUUCCGGUACAUCCUGGGAUUACUGUGACAUACCGAUGUGUAAUUGAUAACACGUUACUUGUUAUUUGUACCAUUUCUAACAUAGUUUAUUAAUUAUACAAAAUAUUACAACAAAAGGAAGAUCAAGUUUUCUUCAUAAUAUCAUAAAAAGUUUAAUUUACGUUAGUAUGUGUCAUUUAUUCAUUUAAUUGAAAGUUCAAAUUUUGCUUUAAUUGAUCUUGAAUUAUAAUUGUUAUUUGGUUUCUUUUUGAUGCGAAAUUUGUAGAAAAAAAUUCAAAAUGCAAAAGGUUUAAUCAUAAUAUGAAUCUUAAUAUAGAAACUAGACGCAAUUAAUGCAGAACUCGACUUAUUUACAGCUUUUUAAAAUAAUUUUGUUGCUUCUGUGUCUUUUCUCCCCGAAUUUGAAAAGUGUAAAGACAAUUUAUUUCAACAUAAAAAUGCUGCUUUUUAAAAAAAGAUGGAGAGACGACACAGAGAUGACUAAAUAUAUACUUUUUCAAAAAAAUAUUCUGGCAUGAUAAUAAACAAAGACCAUAGAUAUGACAAAGUUGUUUUAAAUGCUACGUUAAACCACAUGUUAUAAUAAAGCCUUGCAUGGCUCACUGGUUCCGCCCUGCACUACUGAAUAUAGACAGGUAUUGUUUUGGGUUUAAAUCCUGCUGGUGAUUUUAUUAUUGUUUUUAAUUUACUAUUUUGUGUUUCAAUGUAUGUUGAUAACCGUAUCAAAAAAUUACAUAUAUUCAUUAACACGU